UCGGCUCCGCAGGGCCGCGGGUGGGGAGGACACAAGGGUGGCGCUCAAAGCUGACCCGCCCUUGCGGCUCCCAAAACGGAAGCGAGGGCGCUUUCCCCUGUGCACCGAGGGACGCCGUGCUCCGUUGCGAGGGAUAGUUUGAAGGUGCAGAAUGUAGAGCUGUUUGAGAAAAGAGAAGAAGGAGGUGACAAAAUCGAGUGGUGAAACAUAAUUUAGAAAUAUCACAGCUUUAAGGUUUUCAGCAAGUGUUUGUAAUUGUAUGAUGUUAAAGCCUAAACAAAAAAGCUGGUACAGAGACAGAGGACAAGUUUUUCCUACAAACAAAGGUUCUUCUCGUAACAGCUCUCAAGAGAAACGUCAGUGUAGUAUGGCAGGCUCCUCUCAGCUUUAUAAGAAAAGUACAUUUCCUCCACUUCUGGACUCUUACUUACCUCUUAAUUGCCAGAAUCAGAACAGAGCAAAUUGGCAAAAAAUAGAAAAAAGCAAAAAGGAGCAUAUAAGGAACAACAGCCGCAUUUUAAGUGAGGAAGAAAAGGAUGAACUCAUCAAACAAGCACUGCUGGAAAAGCAUCAUCUUGAAACCUACAAGAAUCUUUAUAAGAUAAGAAAUAUCUUAUAUGAACGCUACAAGACUUUAUUGAAUGAGAAAGUGUCAAAGCAACGAAUUCAGAUCAAGGCAUUUGAUCUGAAACAACAACAACUUAAACACAAAGAACAAAAGUGUACCCUUCGUCGUAAACUUCCUUUCUGCAAGCUGUCUCAUGAUACGAAGUACAUGGAGUCCCUGUCACAGUCAAACAGCUACUGGGUUACUGGAUUGCAGAAUGAACUAACUAAACUUGGAAUCAUAAAGAACCAGCAAGAUUAUGAAAACUUUUGGAAAGUUGCUUGGGAGGAUGUUCCUGGCUCAAAGAUCAAGGAGAAGCUUCCUGAUAUAAAAGCAAGAAUGUCCGCUGCUAAAUCUUUACUUUUCUCUACUCCAACUGGAAUCAAGCCACUCCAGCAAGUUAAAAGCUUUCCAAAUAGCAGGCUGAAAAAAGAAGCCAGUCAUGAUAAUACAAAGCUUGAGGACCACUGUACUAAGCAGACUCUUUUGUUGCAGUCUGUGGAUAUUUGCUGCCCAUCAACUCCUACAAAAAUGAAGAUGAAGAGCCAACAGCAAAUGGAACAAAUGUUUUCCAAGUUCCUGCUUUCUGAUGUGGGGAAAAAGCAAGGGGAGCCAUUGAAAUCUCAGCAGGUGGCGUGUUCUUCAGCUCUUCACCAGGAAUCAGAUAAAAGAAGGAAGCAUGAAAUGCAUCUUCAUCGUCUGGAUCAUUUGUAUUACUUUUCCCUUAUCAAAAUGGCACUGUCCAAGAGGCUCCUAAAGCAAAAUGAUCAGUUUUCAGAUGUCAGGAAAGGGCAAAGUGUCCAUGAUCUGAUGGAGUAUUUGUUUCCAAAUGGUCAUGAACAUUCCAGACUGAAAUGCAAUAAGAUGGUAAUAGAAGAAAACACAAUUCCAUGUUUAAUUCAUGCAAAGCAGCAAGAAAUGCAUCAGAAAGACUCUCCCAAAGUGCUCAGAAUUCCAAAAGAAAAGAAAAUGUUGUUGAAGCAAGAGAAACAUGUUGAUACGAUUGAAGAUGAGAAAUCAACUGCUGUUGGUGAGAAGGACAUUAUUGCUAUGCCUUUAUCUCUGGAAGAUGUAGCCCUUUACCAUCCUGUAAUAGAACCCAAGCAAAUAGGCAAAUAUUGGACAAACUACGCUGGCAAAAAUUCCUUCAAUCAUGAAAAAUAUUAAUUAAAUAUUUGGUCCUGUGAAAAUGUGCUAUGAAUACUUUGAUCAACAUGAUUUAUGACUGUAUGUGUACUAUAUCCUUCUCAUGCCACUCUUUCAUUGCAAUUCUCUAAAUAUGACUUUUUGAUACACAUUCCUUCUUACUAACUGUGAACAGUUUCACAUUUUUAAUUGUUCUGUUGCGCUCAUGGUAUUGCUCCGAGAACACCAAUAGUUCUUUGUAUUUUCCAGUAAACAUACUUCAAAUAAAUUCCAUUUUGUGCCA